GGUCAAGUGUAAAAUGUCUCGUAUGGAAUUAUACUCUCCCGAAGGCUUACGUAUCGAUGGAAGAAGAUGGAACGAGUUACGAAGAUUUGAGUGCAAAAUCAACACUCAUCCAAAUUCGUCGGACGGCUCAUCUUACGUUGAACAAGGCAACACGAAAGUUAUGUGUAUGAUUCAGGGACCUAUGGAACCUCCUUUGAGGUCACAGUUGAACCAAACACAAGCUACCAUUGAAAUAAACUUGAAUAUUGCAAGCUUCUCUACAUUGCAGCGCAAGAAAAGAAAUAAAAAUGAGAAAAGAAUACUCGAGUUAAAGACUACCUUAGAAAGAACGUUUGAACAGAGUAUAAUGUCUAGUUUAUAUCCAAAAACAGUCAUCGAGGUUAAUGUUCAAGUUUUGACACAGGACGGAGGUCUUUUUUCUGCUAUGACCAACGCCAUCACACUAGCUCUAAUUGAUGCGGGUAUAGCGAUGUAUGACUAUGUUUCGGCUGUGAGUGUUGGGAUCCAUGAUCAAACCCCAUUGUUGGACCUAAAUAAUCUCGAGGAAAAUGACAUGAGCUGCCUUACGAUCGGGGUAGUUGGAAAAAGUGAAAAAUUGGCAAUGUUGCUUUUAGAGGAUAAGAUGCCGUUGGAUAAAUUGGAGUCUGUCAUGGGAGUCGCGAUUGCCGGAGGCCACAGGAUACGAGAAUUAAUGGAUAAUGAGGUACGUGGACAUGGGCUUAUGAGGCUGUCUAAGCUCACAUCCUAGACAUAUAUGUUAAUAGACAAAAAGCCUCUUGAUCUUGCUGAAAUGGUCUCAUUGGUGGUACUUUGAACAGUAAAUGAAAGGUUAUCUUCGGAGAUGACAUCAAGCUUUUGACUACUAUAAAUGCUGUUUUUUUUUUAGAAGAAUUAGUAUACCCGGAUAGUAUUUGGCAAAAUUUCCAAAAAGAAAUAGAAACAUG